UGCCAUUCAUAUUAUAGACCUCACAGAACUCUCUGAUCAUAUAUUAAAUUAAAGCCAUUGUUAUUAAUUAUUAUGACUUUAUUAUAUCUUCGAGAACUGUGAUAACAAGAUUUUAUGUUCUUCCUUUUUUUAUUCUUAUAUUUACAUAUUUAUAUACAUAUAUUCUUAUAUAUAUAUAAAUACAAGUUCAUUCUUCCUUAGUUUUUUCCCUAAACACAAGGAAGAAAACACAGGUUAUCAGGCUUUGUUGUUCAGCUUUUUUGUUUCCUUCAUUCUCAUUUUUUCCUAUUUUUCCUGUUCAGUUAAGGCAUAUUUUCAGGAUCUUGUUUUUUCUUUCUCUUUUCUUCUUCUCUGCUAUUAUAUCUUAGCUUUUUCACUAAGAGAGAAAUGUUCAUAUAAUCUUGUUUUUGACUCAUUUUUGACUCAAAAACAACAUGAUGAAGUGCAUUAAAGCUAUGAUUAGUAGUUUCAUUUUGGUUAUGAUUAUUUUCUCUAUGAAUGAAAAAUGCUAUGGACAAGAAGAAGAUUCUUAUGGUGUUACUCCAAUGGAGAAAACAGAGUUGAAUGCUCUGUAUUCUGCAAUUCAAGGUUUUGUUGGUAAUUCAUGGAAUGGCUCAGAUCUCUAUCCAGAUCCUUGUGGUUGGACUCCUAUUCAGGGAGUUUCUUGUGAUAUAUUCAAUGGACUUUGGUAUGUAACAGUAAUCAACAUUGGACCUAUUCAUGAUAAUUCACUAGUUUGUGUUAAUGAUAAUUUGGAAUUUAAGCCAGAAUUAUUUCAGCUUAAGCACCUUAAAGUUCUAUCAUUCUUCAACUGUUUUCAAUCACCAAAUAGUCUUCCGGUCUCAAUUCCGACUGAAAAUUGGGAGAAUCUUGCUGAAAACGUAGAAUCCAUAGAGUUUAGAUCAAAUCCUGGUCUCAUUGGUAACAUUCCUUCAAGUUUUGGUUUACUCAAGAAUCUUCAAUCAUUGGUAUUACUAGAAAAUGGUUUAUCAGGUAAAAUACCUCAAGAAAUUGGAAAUCUUGUGAAAUUGAAGAGAUUAGUUCUUUCUGGAAACAAUUUUAGUGGCAAUAUUCCAGAUGUUUUUGGAGGGUUAAGUGAUUUGUUAAUCCUUGAUUUAAGCAGAAAUUCAUUAUCUGGAAAUUUGCCUAUAACAAUUGGAAGAUUAAGUUCAGCAUUGAAGAUUGAUUUAAGUCAUAAUUUUCUUGAAGGGAAGUUGCUUAAUGAAUUUGGUAAUCUUAAGAAUUUGACACUUAUGGAUUUAAGGAAUAAUAGAUUAUGUUGUGGAUUGGUUUCAUCUUUACAAGAAAUGAAUUCAUUGGAAGAAAUGGUUUUAUCAAAUAAUCCAUUAGGUGGUGAUAUAAGGAACUUAAAUUGGAAAAAUCUUCAAAAUUUGGUGAUUUUGGAACUCUCUAACAUGAAUUUGACAGGUGAAAUUCCUGAGUCAUUAUCAGAAUUAAAGAAAUUGAGAUUUUUGGGACUUAAUGAUAACAACCUUACAGGUAAGCUAUUACCAAAGCUAGAAUCACUUCCUUCUCUUAAUGCACUUUACUUAAGUGGAAAUAAUUUCAAAGGAGAAAUUCAAUUUUCAAAAGGGUUUUUUGGGAAAUUGGGAAGACGUUUUGGUGCUUGGAGUAAUCCUAAACUUUGCUAUCAAGUUGGAGUAAUGUCAACAAAAAAUGUUCCUUAUGGAGUAAAGCCAUGCCAUGACCAAGAAGAGGUUCAUUUGGUAAAAUCAAAUGCCAAAAAUGAGAUCAUCAAUGGUGAUAUCAACAAUAAUUCCAAUUCCAUAGUCUCUAUGGGAUUUUCUUGUUCUACUACUAGUGGAAAUUUCUGGUGGGCUUUUAUGAUUUUGGGUUUAGUACAUAGUUUUUUAAUUUAGUAAUGAAAAAUUGUAAGUUGGGUUCUUAACCUUUAAUUUAGGUGUUACAUUACAACAAGUUGUAUGUCUUUUUUUUUUAUAUAUUUUAUUCUAACAUAAUCUAAUAGUCUUGUCAAA